CAACCCUUUUCAAGCACACCAUAUUUUGAAAUCCACUACACAGUUUUUUAGAAAAAUAAAUUUUACAAGUAACUAAAUUUCGGCGCAGAUCAAAUCGCCAUGAGCUUUCAGAGCCAGUUGGACGAGUUUAAGAAGAAACUGGACCUGGCCAGUUGGUACUUGGGUGUAUCGGUGCAGCAGGAGACUGUGAUGUACACCAUGGCGGAAAGCCUGCGGGAUGAUUUCGAUCAGGGAACUGGAGACAAGAUGUACAGGGCACUGACCAGUUUGGGCAUCCAGCCAGUGAUAUCGAAAAAGAAGGUCUGUCGGAUGGUGCAGUUGAGCAGGAACAAUAUCUUGGCCUUUCUUUACUUUGUGCUGGAGGGCUACUACAAGACUUGCCAAAAGGAUGGUGUCUUCAGUGUCAAUGAGCAACUUUUGAUGAACGCCAUAGCCAAGAUCGAUACGCUGCCCACCAUUCGAGCUCUAGAUUUGGUACUCCCAAAGCCCUCGGUGAUACCUGAAAUUGUUGAAGCUCAGCCAUUGAAUUCUGAGUCUUCAGAGGAUCGUCCAGCAAAAAAAAAGCCUUCAAAGAAGUCUCCGUACUUUCAAAAUCAACCAAAACCUGUGCAAAGAACCUCUAAGUUAACAUAUACACCCUCUGAUUUUGUCGUUGCCUUCAACUUUUGGCCCACCGAUGGACCCCCGAACUAUGGCACAGAUGAUGAGGAGCAGCCUUGGUAUGCCCAGUACAGAUUGAAUCCGGGCCAGCGACUGAUUAAGAAAACGCUCUCCGAGACUUUGGAACGUUAUUUCAAGCUGAGCGGCUUGGAGGAGAAGCCGAAGGAGGAAGGUGCUCCAAAGAGUCGCGAGCCCGAGCCCAAUAUGUGUCUCAUCCACAAGGGACAGGUGAUUCAAGCGCAACUUUUGAGAGACGAACUGGAGGUGAAAGCCAGGGAUCGAUGCCUGGAAUUGGUGGAUGUCACCGAGCCUUACGCCAAACUUCGUCGGAAGAGGAUAGUUGCCCAGUUGGAACACGACAUCGAUGUAGUAAUGGCAAAACAUCGGAGUGCCAUGCACUGCGACCAAACCAAAGUGCUGACCAUCUCUAACUUCGAUUGUGUGUUGUGCCAGAAGAUCUUGGUAUCACAACCCUGGCCAGAUCCCACGGAUCGGGGGGAGCGGGCCUUGGUGGGCGAGGAUUCUGACAUAGCCCAUACGGCUAUACUCGACACUUAUCGAGGAAAGAGGCUCGAGGGAGGAGGUUUAGGAGGGGGGAAACCGAAAAAAGAUAAGAAGGGUAAGAAGGAUAAAAAAGGAAAGAAAAAGGAAAAACCAGUGGAACCCCCUCCGGAACCUCCAAAAGAAGAGCCUAAGAAGUCGCUGUGGAAACCACCACCUAUCAAACUUUUCAGCGGUGGAUUUCGUAUGCACCCCGUCGACUUCACUGACAAAUCCGAGGAAUGUAAACCGAAAUUAAGUGAGAUGGAAUGUGAACUCCCACCAGCCCCAAAAAAGUCGGCGGUAUCAUUUCGUCUUGCCAGGGGAAAAAUCGCAAAGAAAAAUAAGAAGUGCGAAUUACGAAUGUCCAAUAAGCAGAACCAAAAGAAGUUCUUCCGAGGACCCCGAUCGAACAAACCCUACCUAUUUAAGUACCAUCGGGUCUUUCAAUCCGGCCAACCGAAACCAAUUGACUUGAAGAAGGUUAUGGCCAAAUCAUUUGUGAAGGCACUAGAUAAAUCAGAGGAGAGAAAUGACGAUGAUGGGUCAUGUGAUUUCGAUUGUCUGAUGUCAGAGCUUAAUUUUGACGAUGAGAAGCCCCCGGAAACCAAGUCAGAACGUACUUCAAAAACUAAACCGGAAAACGGAGAUCCCCUCGAUAUGUUCGAUGACCGCGAUGACUUUCCCACUUCCGAUAGUCGGGAGUCUCUUGAUCGAUCGAGCAACCACAGUACGCGAAGUCAUGAGGAUCACAAGAAGGACAUUGUGGCUGCGGUGGUGCGAUGUGCCAAUACCAUUUGGAAAAGGGAGGCCCUCAGAAAAAAGGCCGAGAUGUUGCGUCAGGAGAGGUUGGCCCCUCGAAAGGCGUUGGUUUUCGAUGAGCAUGAAAAAUUCGAUCCGGAUAAUACCGAGCUGAUGAACAAAAUGCUUAAAGAUGGACUGCGGGAGCUCAGGAAAGAAGCUAGAUUUGUACUGGCCUGUUUGCCGGAUGCCCACAAGUUGCCCAUUCUGCGUGAGUGGAUCAAGAGGCGGUACGGUAAGAAGUACAGCCAAAAGGAGCUCGAGAUCAAUAUAGCCGAGUCAAACAGGAUAUUUGAGCUGGUCUCCGUUCUUCAGUCAAAUCCCCCAGAUCCUGAUCUCAUGGGUAUCGAUCGUUUGCGCAGAUCUGAGGAGAAUUUUGAUAACUACAAGAAAAUCAAAAAAACGGCGGCCCUUGUAAAGCGAACUUACUACGAUCAGAUGAACACACGUUACAUGGACACCGUGAGCUCCGCCUGGUAUGCCAUGGGAAACUAUCUGGUGCCCGGAGGACCUCCUCGCAGCACCUUCUUCGCCUACAUAGCCUGCAAUCCCCACGAGAUAAUGCGGCACAGAGUGUGGGACGGUGAUUUCCGAAACUACCGCGCCAUGCGUGAAAGAAGAAUGGAACGGGAGAGGCUCUUAGGCAAAAAAUAAGCCAAAAAAACAAAUUAAACCGUUUUCCGAUCAAA